ACAAACCAAAGUUUUGCUAAUAAUAAUAAAUAAUAAAUAAAUAAAAAAACAUAGUCAAGCCUUAAAAGAGUUACACUUCAAUGUUUUCUUAGAAUACAGAAGGAAAAAAAUUGUUUUUGUAUGUUUGGCCUGUUUUCUCAGUAGGAGGGAGCUUCUCGACUGGCAUUAGAAGGGCCACUCUGGUUGGUUUGUUCUGUCAAUCCAUUCAACAGAUCACAGUUCAGAAACAUGGCAUCCAAGCAAGUGAGCCCUAUUGUUAUUCCUCCUGCCUCUGUGGUUGGAAAUGCCUUUGUGCAUCAAUAUUACAAUGUUCUACACCAGUCUCCCCAUUUGGUACAUAGGUUUUACAAUGAUUCCAGCAAGCUAGGCCGCCCUGAGCCUAGCGGUGAACUGAGUUGUGUAACAACCAUGGAAGCUAUAAAUGAUAAGAUUAUGUCUCUGGACUACGGUGACUAUAGGGCGGAGAUAAAGACUGUGGAUUCUCAGGACUCGUUUAAUCAGGGUGUUCUUGUCCUGGUAACUGGGGCCCUGUUAGGAAAAAAUAAUAUUAGGCGAAACUUUACACAGUCUUUCUUCCUAGCACCACAGGAGAAGGGCUACUUUGUUUUAAAUGAUGUAUUCAGGUAUUUGGAAGAACCCCAACAGCUGGAACUGAGGUCUGCAUUGGAUAAUGGUGUUUCUGAUCAGGCUGCUCAGCCUUCUCCAUCGGAGGAAGCUCCAGCGCAAGAAUUUCAGGAACUUGAGCAACAAGCCCCACAAUUGGAAGAGGAUUCUCUUGAAGAAGAACAUGUUUCUCCUUCAGAACAUGGAGAUGGGUUGGGUGCAGAAGACGAUGCGUCACCUUUGAAGGCUACUGAAGUUGUUCAGAAUGAACAGCAUGUGGCUACUGAAACUCAUCCUUCAGAAGAGAUGCCAAAAAAGUCUUAUGCAUCAAUUGUUAAGGUUAUGGCACCUGUUCAAGCACCAGCUGUUGUAAGGACGGUUCCUGCAAAUGUUGAACGGCAAGGUCCUGUACCUCCACAAGUGCCACCUGCUUCAGAAUCCUUUGCUCCUGCUUCUAAUGCUUCAGAGAAUAGCAACUCUGUUGAAUCGGAAGCUGAUGGACGUUCAGUCUAUAUUAAAAACUUGCCUCUGAAUGCUACAACUACCCAGCUUGAGGAAGAAUUUAAGAAAUUUGGUCGUAUUAAGCCUGGUGGUGUUCAGGUUAGAAGUAAUAGGCAACAAGCAUUCUGUUAUGGUUUUGUGGAAUUUGAGUCAUCAAGUUCUGCGCAGAGUGCCAUAGAGGCAUCGCCAAUUAACAUUGAUGGGCGCCAGGCUCAGGUUGAGGAGAAGAGGCCUACUGGCCCAAGAGCCGCUCGUGGUCGUUUUCAAUCUGGAAGGGGCGGCUAUCGAAAUGAUGUAAUUAGAGGACGUGGUGGUUAUGGAGGCCGCGGCUAUGGAAGAGGUGAGUUUGUAAACAGAGGCGACUUUGGUGGUCGUGGUCGAGGUUCUUCAUCGGGGCACGGAGGUGCUACUGAAGAAUACCAGAGGGUUGAUCAAGGUGGCAACAGUACCAGGGGUGCUCGACCCAGUGGUACAAAUCAGACAAGGAAUGUUCAGAGGUUUAGUUCGGUGAAUCGAUAAUCUGAUGAAUUGGAAAUGUGACUCCAGAAGUACAUUGUGUCAAGUUUACUCAUGAUCAUAGUAAUAUUAUGGUGUUGAAGAUUAAAAGGCAAGCUUCCAUUUUUGAGACAAUUUGAUUCCUUUUCUCUAGCACAUGGAGUGGUUUUGCCGAUCAGCUCUAUGGUGUUCCUGGGGCAGAAUGCACCAAGGAAAAUUCAACUUUGUUAGAGAAUUUCAAUCUUGUCUCCAUUCCAUCAAAAUUCAAAAUUAUGAAAAGAUUAGAGUUGAUGUUGGAGAUAAUCAUAUAUCCAUUGUUGGUUACCAAGAAAAUGUUAUUCAAUAUUCCAUUUCAUUACAACAGGAGCCGGAAGUUUCUUUUUGUUGUAGGGUCUUCGAAGAGAUUCUUCCUAGCAUGUUCAAUAUAUUCAAUUUUGUUUCAAAGAGAAUUUUGUUUAAAUUAUUUGAACCACCACAACCACAUUAAUUAUAGCUAAAGUGUGACCAAUUAAAUAGGAAUUGGUCAGUGUAUUUUUUGUACUUUUGAUAGUGGUAAUGAAUUGUUUUUGUAAGUA